GGGUUCUUUCAGCGCCGCUUUGGCGCAUAUGCGUCGAUCAGCUGAACUAAAAUAUUGAAUUCACCUUUCGUGUGUGGUGUUGAUGAUACUCUGAAAUAUUUCUGUUAAAAAGAAUGCGCGUAUUUUCGUAUGAUACAUGGAUAAAAUGUUCGCGUAGUAACAAUUUGUAAAAUUUAUUUAAAGUGUUUCAUUAUUUGUAUUAUUAGAUUGACAAACUCGUGGAGCAUUAUUCGCCAUGGAUAGAAGAAAAAUGUCUACAGCAGGGGAUUCCCUCUAUCAGAUUUUGGAAAUUCCAAAAACUGCCACUUCAGAGGAAAUUAAAAAGACAUAUAGAAGAUUGGCUCUGAAGUAUCAUCCUGACAAGAAUCCUAAUAAUCCAGAGGCAGCUGAAAAGUUUAAAGAAAUAAAUAGGGCGCACGCUAUAUUGACAGAUUUAACAAAGCGUAACAUAUACGACAACUAUGGAUCUCUUGGUCUAUAUGUUGCGGAACAAUUUGGAGAAGAAAAUGUUAAUGCUUACUUUGUUGUCACUUCUGGAUGGUGUAAGGCACUGUUCAUGUUUUGUGGACUAAUUACAGCUUGUUACUGUUGUUGCUGUUGUUGCUGCUGUUGCAAUUUUUGUUGCGGUAAAUGUAAACCAACUCCUCCUGAAGAUAGCGGUGCAUACCAUAAUUUACAGCGGAACCAGAAUCCAGAGGCUGUUGUGACAAAUCAACCUAGAGGUUUUGGCAAGGAAGAUGAAAGCGAUGAUGAUGCUGUGACAGCUCAACCUCAAAGUGGUACAUCGCAAAAUGCAUCUAACAUACAGCAACCUAUAUUUGCCAUGCCUGCACCAGGAUCGGCGGCACCAACGUCAACAGUGAACGAAAGCACGAAUUUAAACAGUGGCGGUGAACGUGUGAUUUAUACCACUGCAGCUGCUACAAACCCAUUCAUAGGAGCCAAUGCAGCUACAACUGACACUGGACCAUCCAGAUGGUAGACUGAGUACAUGGAAAAUUAUCCCAAACUGAUGGACAUUCAAUUUAUAUUUCUAGUGCCGGAUCUUUAAAAAAUAGCUCAUUAUAAUAUAGAUCAUAAGUUUAUUGUUUUGAUAAAAUAGAUGCUACAGUUUAAUAUAAUAACUUACUUUUCUUUUUUCUAUUUCUCUUUCCUUGUAUGCAAAGUCUUUAUUAUUUUUCCUUUAUUGUAUUCUACAUAUAACAAAACUGUUCAAAUAGGCUACGUUAUUAUCAUUGGAAACAAUUUUAUCCUUAAAAUGAUUCAAAGUUGUAUAUUUUGUCGGUCUCUACACAUAGUGUAUUGACUAGUAUUAUAUAUAUAAUGAUGUGAGAGAAUUAGAACGCCUUUUGGUGUGAUGUAUUUAAGUUUAUAUCUCUCCACACGUAAAAUUUGGUAAAAAGUAUAAUCCCAUAUAUACCAAUGACGUAUCGCUAUGUAUUUAUAUAUGUAUCGAUUAAUUUCAACAUUUAUGCCGCAUCGAUUAAAUGAUGCACAGCAUGCCUAUAAUAAGAUUUCUUUAAUUAUAAAUAUUUAUCUGUAUUGUCCAAAUGUGCUCAUGUAAAUGACAAAUAUAUUGUCAAUCUGCAAGAAUAUUUUCAGGACUUCUAACAAUAUAUACGAUAAUCGCAUAUGUAAUUUAUAUUGUAACGUAAAUGUGUGAGAGAUAAAUCGAUUGAACGUAA